GGGAGAGCAGAAGGAAGAAGAAGAAGGUGCCGCUGGCGUCGGGAGGGAGGAAGGAGCACGGAGCGGUGCAUCCCGCCGCCGAGGAGAUUCGGCGGGUGACAUCACCGCUGGAGCUGCCGAGGGCGUCGGAAAAUGGCUGCUGCGAGAAUGUUUUUUAGGGGACUUCUCCUAAAUCUUAAGAAUGAUAAACAGAGAAGACAAAAGAAAUGAAGAGAGAAGGUUAAAACAAAACCUCUAAUCUGAGAUUUGACCUCAGAAGGGAAAUCCUGGAGGUGAAGCCAUUGCAGAGAAGAAGUAAAAGAAGGAAGUGUCUGUGUGACAAGAAAGCCACUUAACAAUGAAAAAAUUCACACUGUUUGAUUUUGUAAAUGAUAAUUCACUGCAAAUUGGAGAGACUUCAUGGAUCCAGGACCUUCCCUGUGAUGACAAUGAACUAGAAAGACUUCUGAAACCUAAUGAGCAUGUGCUAGUAAACUGGCCUGUGGGAGAAAGAAAGACAGAAAAGCACCUGGUGAAAGUUGUGUACAUGAGUGAUGACCCCCAAGAGCUGGUGGAAAUGAUGCAAAAGAUAUUACGAGCAGAUGAAAUUAGAAAAAUACAAGUCCUUGGAAAAGGCAAGAGGAAGAGGAUAGAAAUGAUAUUCUCAGAAAGUGAGGACAGUGACCUGGAUAAAGAAAAGGGGAAGAUGAUGAAACAUAUAAAAAGAAAGAAAUCAUUGCAGGCAUCUGCUCCUGCCAACAUCCUGAGUCAACUUGAAACAUCUUUAAUUAACAAACAGAGAGAACCAUAUUCAGGAAGCAACUUUCUAUAUAGUGAAAGUAGCAGUGAUGAUGAAGAGCCUUUAUUUCAACUCUCCAAGGUGGAACUAUGUGCCAAAAUUAAAAGUCUCAAGAGGAAGCUGACAGAUACCAUGAGAGAAAACUGCCGCCUAAGGCAGUCCCUGGUGAUGCUUCAAGUGUUGCCACAGGCAGUCACUCACUUUGAGGAGCUGGUAGGGAUGGCUGAAGCGCUGCUCAAAGGAGGAGUGACAUCAUCUACAUCCAGUCUGCAUCCACAUGCUGUUUGGAGGGCAUCUCACAAUCCAUUAGCAGAUUCCUAUGCAGCUAUGCAUAGUAACUCCAGCUCACCAAUAACUUUGAAUGUGGAAGAUGAAGAGCAGCAGACUGAAAAACAGUUCAAGAUCGAAAAGUGGCAGAUUGCACUUUGUAACAAGAGCAAACCUCAAAAAUUUAUAAAUGACUUGAUGCAAGCACUUUAUACACAUGAAUACAUGGCUACACACAGCCUGACAGGUGCAAAAUCCUCCUCUUCAAAGGAUAAAGCGGCAAAACCAGCUAUGAAUCAGAAUGAAGUUCAGGAAAUCAUAGGAAUCACAAAACAGUUGUUUCCAAACACAGAUGAUGCUUUAAUUAGGCGAAUGAUGGGACAAAAACUGAACAAUUGCACCAAGAAGCCAAUUUUAAGCAAAGACCUUAACUCAGGUGCUUUUCAGAAACAUAGUUUUUGGGCCCCACUGAGAAGAGCCUUCAUCUACCUUGCACUCUCCCAUCAGACAGUAAAUCAGCUCGAGCCUUCUUGAGCCUAAACAGGCUCAGCUGCUGCCUCAGCCUCUCCUCAAGAACCCAAUAAGAAAUGAGCAAGGAACAGGACAAGAGACUGAAACAGGGUGACACGGAAAAGAGAUUUGUCCUUACUUAGACUUUCUGUACUGAAGUAGCAUUUUUCUUCUUCUUGGUUCACUUAUCUCCUGCAUGCCUUUAAAAUCUGAAUUUGAAACUGUAAGACAUAAGGAAAAAAACCCUAAAAAAAAAAAACAAACCCAACAACAACUAAGAAGCACCCCAAGACAUUUGUCUAUGUUAUGACACAAAUGUUUGAUUAGUGCUUUGCUUCUAAAAUUCCUUUCCAAGCCACCUGGUAGUACUCCAUGGACCACCAGUGAUCUGUGAAUUAUUACUUGAGAAAUACUUGAGAAUAACUGUUAGGAUAUUCCACAUGUUUUUCCAUUUGGAAACAAUAAACAAUUGCACCAGCCUGGCAAAAAUGAAGUUUACUAUGUUCAUGCUUUCCUCCUAGAGAUGAGAAGACUUCAUAAAUUAAAGGUCCUGUGUAUUUGUAAUAUACAGUAUGCAAUGAUUCACUGCAGUGUUUUUUCCUUGCCCUUAACAGAGACAUGAAAAAUAACAGCACAAAACCACAGAUUUUUUUCUUCUUUGAAAGUAUUAAAAUCUUACAUAUUUUCAAUCUUUAUCUUCAUCAGAUGGAUUAAUACAUUUUGCUAAUUCAUGAGUCUUCUAAUGUACACAGUAUUCCUGAAGCCUUGAUAGGAAAACCUUAACUAUACUAAAACAAUUCUGAGUUGCUAUUUAAUAUUGCCUAUGGACCUUCCAAUUUAAACCCAAUAUUUUAAAAAUGCCCUUUCAAUAUGUUAAAAAUGCCCUUACAUCUGUUAUUGAUCAGUGCUUAUGUAAAAUCCAAUCCAACAUCCAUUGUGACCAAUUCAGAUAUUGCCUGAAUACCAUCUUUUGAACUGAUGCAUUUAUAAUGGAUUUUUUUUUUACAUCUGUUACACAUUCUUUCACUGUCAAAGCAGUUAAGCACCAUCUAAGUAAUCAAGAUAACAUGGUGAUUCCAUUAACUCAGAUGACACAUAUUCUCUGU